AUGUAUGCUUUUAUUCCAAAAGAUGUUGGUGCUGCAGAAAAACACAGUUUUUUGGAUACCACUACAUCAGAAGUACUCAAACUACGGUUCUGUUGUCUAAAAGACAAUAAAGAUUCUGGGUUUCUAUUGUUUGCCACAAUAUGCUCAUGUAGUAGUUCAAGAGAAUUCAUGUUUGUUCACGCAAAUGGAAUAGAAAAUCAGAAAACUACAACAUCCGUUCAAUCUCCAGCUUAUAAUCCAUCUCAAUCAAGUAGACAAUUGAAUGAUAAUGUACCAGUUAGAUUAAAAGUAUUUGGUGGUAAUUCAAAUGUACCACCAAAAAUUGUUGCAAGAUAUGCGCCUCCACCACCACCUUCCCAACAAAUCAAUCAACAUCGAUACUAUAGACCAGUUCAAAUGCCAGCUAUUCGACGUCGUUAUCAAAUUUCAAAUGGUCCAGUGAUACAACAAAAACGUUAUACACCAUCCAGUUAUACACCACCAUCAAGAUAUCAACAGUCGCAAGGUCCACCAUUAGAAGCAAAAAUAUCAAGUCAUCAAGGUUAUCAUCGUAUAAAUCAAAAUAAAAAAAAUUUUUUACCAUCUCCACAUUUUGAUGGAAAAGUUAUUGUUAAACCUACCGAACAAAAAUAUGGUAGUGGAUUGAAAAGUGAUAAUGUUAUCGGAAAAACACAAUACGCGAGUAGUGCAUUAGCACAUCAAUAUGUAAAUUUCCCUGAGCAACAACAAUCAGAACAUUAUUAUCGUCGGGAACGUGAGCCAAAUUUCAAUAAUCAACAAUAUUAUCAAUCAAAACGUCCAUAUGGCGAACAAUAUUAUCCACCAAAAAAAUAUGGUAACACAAAUAAUUCACCAUAUAAUAAAUAUUCAUCAUACUCUGUUUAUGAUGAUUCAAACAAUGAAGAUGAUGAUGAUGGCAGUGAUUCCGAUACAAAUUAUGUUACAGAAUCACCAGUAAAAUAUUAUGUUGGAUCAACUGAUUCAACUAUUGGAGAUUUUCAAGCUAAAAAAUAUUUGGAUUUUAUGACAAGUAGUGAUUAUUUUCUACCAAAAGUUUCACCUGACUACCAUACAAAAUCAAUAGCCUAUAAUCAUAAUCAUAAUCAUAAUAGUAAUAAUAAUAAUCAUUUUAAUUUCCCAACAUCUACAGAACCAAUAACAUCAAAUUUUAAUAAUGAUUUAUAUCAAAAUUAUAAAAGUCAAAGAAUUAAUUUGGGUCCCGGAUCAUCAACUGGUAUAAGAAUUUCAUCAAAAAUAUCUCAGCAACAUAUACAACAGAAUACAUUUUAUAGACCAAGUAAAAAACAUCAACAAAUAAUACAUCAUCAGCAUGCACCGGAAAAAAUUGAGUUCACUGAAAGCGAUGCAAUUCAUUCCAGUUAUACAAGUAACCCAAAAGAAAUUCUUGAACAAUCGGCAUCAUCAACAUCAUUAUUAGGUGGUGGUAGUAAUAAUAUUGCAUCUUCUGUUGAUGAUAUUAAAGCAAAAUAUGGUUUAAGUCCUAAAUAUAAAGUUUCAUAUCAAAGUGCAAAAAUUCAUCAUAAUCAUCAUCACAAUCAAUAUCCACAAAGAGGAAUUGUAAAAUACCAAUCAGAUGUUUAUGGUAAAAAUAACAGUAAUGAUGCUGAUAAUAAUGAUGAUGAUGACAGUGAAGGCAGAGAGACUGGUUAUAGCAUUGAUUAUUAUUAA